CUUGUUUUCGAAAUAAUAAAAAUAAUAAUAAUAAUGGUAUUUUCAUAAAUAAUCUGAAUUUUUGAGGUGAAUAAGACAAACGGAAGUUUUAAAAAAAUCAUGGAUUAGUUUUGUGUUUGAGUUUUGAGUUAUAAUGCAAUAAGCCCUAGAAAACUAGAAGAUGUAUCCACAAUUAAUCUGAAACCAAAAAUCUUGUGUUCAAUGUUUUGUAUCAAACUAUCUUAACUAUAGAUUACUCUAUUCUGUAUCUGAUUUUGUGUACCUAGUUGGAGAUUACAUAUAAUGAUUAUAAACUUUAUGUUUCCAUCAACCUAUUCACUCUAUUUAGUGUUUGUACUUACUAAAAUGUUGAUAAAUAGUAUCAGAUUUUAAUAUACUUUUGGAGUAUGUACUUAUUUAUGUAUUUAUCUCAUUUAUUUGUGUGUAACCUUAAUUGUUAAACCAAAUAAAUGAAGAUUGAGUUUUUUUUUUGCCAAGAGUUAAUCAAAUUCAUAAAGUAGAUUGAUUAAUUUAUGAAAGAAACAAAUAAAUAUAUUACCUAGAGGUGGGCGCAAGACGGGUGCUUGCUUUUUUUACGUAUAUUUGAUAUUUGGCUUGCCUUGAACGAGUAAUGAAUUUUUCGACUUGUACUUGACUUGUCGGAAACGAGUACUUGUUAUUUUGAGUAUUUGUCCAAAAAUAUAUUACUUGCAAGUUACUUGUUUUGUUCAAUUACUUGUUACUUACAAAUAUUUAUUAAUUACUUGGAUAUAUUUCCAAGUUUCUAAAAAUUACUUGAUAGAUUACAAGAGAAGGUUAUGAAAGUUUGUUUUUUUUAUACGACUUGAUAAAAACACGAGAGUUAUUUUAAAUAAAAUAUUUUCACCUAAUAUUAAGAAAAAGAUAGAAUUCGAUAAAAAAGUAUUGUUUACUUCUUACAACAAAGAAAUAUUUGUUUAGGACUUUGGUUUUAUAGUUUAGUUAUUAUUUUUUAGUCGUAAAACAAGCAACGAGUAAUAUCAAGGCGAGUCGUAAGUUUUUUGUGAUACUUGUUACUUGCCUUAUACUUACAAGUAGCGAGUAUUCAACGACUUAAUACUUAACUUGGCAACGACGAGUACUUUAAAAAAACGAGACGAAUACGGGUCAAGUAAUGGAUAUAAGGCAAGUAACGAGUAUUCAUGCUCAACCUUAGAUUGAUUGAUCGAUUGCUUUGGAAGUUAAUCCUAAAACUAUAUAGAUAGUGAUUAGAAUUUAUCAUUUGAUUAUUUUAAUUUAUUUGUCUCAGAUUUCAUAAUCUUAUAAGAUUAAUAAUUAUAAAUAAAUCAAAAUUUACAAUUAUAUAAAAACAUUCUUUUUUAUAUAAUAAAUAUCAUAAGAUAAAGAAAAAGUAAACUCAUCAAAUCAAUAGAAACUAAACUUAUAUAUAACAGAAACCAGAUUUUUAUUUCCUUCAAAAUCUCCACUGAUAAGUUUACUUUUAUUUUGAAAUAUAAAAUAUCUAUUAUUAUUAGACUAUUAGUUCUUCACCGCCUUAUGCAAAUAUAAAAACAUAUCUCACACCAUCUAUUCUUAAUCUCUCUCUCUCAUACAUCUCUAAACCUAUCUAGGUAACGAUCUUAAAUUAGGGUUUUACUCAUGUCUAGACAAAAGGUUAAGCCUAUGACCAUGGAUCAAGGAUUUGAACUCAUUGAUGCGGCUGUUACCAAGCUCAAACGGAUUCUUGAAGGAAAGCCUGAACCAGCCUUUGGGUCUCACGAAUAUAUUGAAAACUACACUAUAGUUUACAAUAUGUGCACCCAGAAACCACCUGACGAUUUGUCUCAACAGCUUUAUGAUAAGUAUGGUGGCAUCUUUGAAGAUUAUGACAAGCAUACGAUGCUGCCCUCUAUCAUGGAGAAGCAUGAUGAAUACAUGCUAAGAGAGCUUUCUCGGAUGUGGGAUAUUAAUAAGAUUAUGGUUAGGUGGCUAUCUCACUUCUUCUUCUAUCUUGACCGUUACUUCAUUACACGGAGAAGCCUUCCAAGCCUAACUGAAGUUGGCAUGACUUGUUUCCGCGACCAUGUUUACAAUAACGUUCACUUCAAUGUCAAACAAGUUAUUAUAGCAUUGAUUCAUAAAGAGCGAGAAGGCCAACAGGUUGAUAGCGCACUACUGAAGAACAUAUUAGAUCUCUUUGUUCAGAGUGGGAAGGGAAGUAUGGAGAGAUAUGAAGACGAUUUUGAGAAGUUCUUUCUCCAAGAAACAGCUUCUUACUAUUCCCGCAGAUCCUCAAGCUGGAUCCUAGAGGAUUCUUGCCCUGAAUACAUGAUAAAGUCUGAGGAGUCUUUAAAGAAGGAGAAGGAGAGAGUCACUCACUACCUUCAUUCAACCACCGAGCCUAAAUUAGUUGAGGUUGUUCAAACCCGUUUAUUGGUUUUGGUUGCAAAACAGCUUCUAGAAAAGGAGAGCUCAGGUUGCAGUGCACUGCUAAGAGAUGACAAGAUUGAUGAUCUCUCUAGGAUGUACAGGCUCUACCAUGAAAUCCCCAAAGGUUUGGAACCUGUUGCGAAAGCAUUUAGGCUUCAUGUUACUUCAGAAGGUAACGGUCUUAUCAAACAAGCUGAAGACGCAGCUACUAGUGGUAGCGUGGAGGAACAGGUGCUUGUCAGAAAGAUAAUUGACUUGCACGAUAAGUACAUGGCCUAUGUCACGGACUGUUUUCAGAACCACACACUCUUCCAUAAGGCGUUGAAAGAAGCCUUUGAAAUCUUUUGUAACAAGAAAGUGGCUGGAAGCUCAAGUGCAGAGUUACUUGCAACGUUUUGUGAUAAUCUUUUCAAGAAGGCAGGGAAUGAUAAAUCGAAUGAUGACUCUACUAUUGAGUCUACCAUUGACAAUGUUGUUAAGUUGCUUGACUACAUAAGUGACAAGGAUCUUUUCGCCGAGUUCUAUAGGAAGAAGCAAGCACGUAGGCUAUUAUUCGGAAGGUUUAAUGACGAGCAUGAAAGAAGUAUACUAACAAAGCUCAAAGGACAAUUUGGCGGGCAGUUUACUUCAAAGAUGGAGGGAAUGGUGACGGAUAUGCAAUUGGCAAAAGACCAGCAAACUGGCUUCGAGGAACAUAUAAAAAAUGGCAAUACUGGUAAACCAAAAGGUGUUGAUUUCACGGUCAAUGUUCUGACCACUGGUUUUUGGCCUAGUUACAAGACUUCAGACCUCAAUCUACCACUCGAAAUGGUCAACUGUAUUGAGAGUUUCAAGGCUUAUUAUGAAACCAAAACCAAGCACAGGAGACUUAUGUGGAUUUAUUCUCUGGGAAUUUGUCAUCUUAAUGGAAGAUUUGAUCCUAAACCAAUCGAGUUGAUUGUUUCUACCUACCAGGCUGCUGUGCUUUGUGCUUUCAACAACACAGAAAGAUUAACCUACCAGGAGCUCUUUGAACAACUAAACCUUAGCCAUGAAGAUCUUGUAAGGGUGCUUCAUUCACUCUCAUGCGCAAAGUACAAGUUUCUUAAAAAGGAACCAGCCUCAAAGACCAUCUCUAAAACCGAUUCUUUCGAAUUCAACUCCAAGUUCACCGAUAAAAUGCGGAGAAUCAAGGUGCCUCUUCCUCCCGUGGAUGAUCGCAAGAAAGUAGUUGAAGAUGUUGAUAAAGAUAGACGCUAUGCGAUUGAUGCUUCUCUUGUGCGGAUCAUGAAGAGCCGGAAAGUGUUACCGCAUCAACAGUUAGUCUCUGAAUGUGUUGAGCAGCUUAGCCGAAUGUUCAAGCCGGAUAUAAAGAUGAUCAAGAAACGUAUUGAGGAUUUGAUCAGCAGAGAUUACUUGGAGAGGGAUAUUGAAAAUCCCAACACUUUCAAGUAUGUCGCAUAGUCAAAGAGUUACAUACCGAGAGCAAAGAAAAAUGUUGUUUAGUUUUCGUCUAUAAUAUAUUUGUCUUUGGUUUUUUUUCUUCAGAAAUAUUUGAUAAUAUUUUCUUUGGCAAAAUCUCAUAAAAAACAUGAAAUUGUCAUCUAUUGACAUUUUAAACCUUCAAUUUUUUUUUACUAACA